AUGAAAGCCCUCCUAGCACCCACCCUCCUCAUCCUUUCCGCCUCCGCCGCCCUGGCCACGGACAACCCAGACCCUCAGAACGAUGACAGCAACGGCGUGGUCAGCAUCCAGAUCGUCGAGCCAACAUCCACCCCGACGCCAGAGCCCUUCAAUCAAUCCCCACCUCCACCGAACAACUACGAUGAGCAACCACCUCCGAACAAUGACGUUCCUCAGCCUUCUCCGUCGCCUGGUGAUGAGGGCGAGAAUCCCCCACCCGAGCCAACCACGACCUGCAGCAGCGGUAACGCAGACUCGACUCCUCCCCCAACAGAAGGCGAACUUCCCCCUGCAUGCUCGGAGCAACCCUCCGACUGCAAUUGCACAGAAACCCCUCCGGAACCCACCCCAACAGAAGGCGAAGGGACCGACAACCCUUUACCAUCUCCUGACCCGUCCAACGGCAACAACCCAUCCGAAUGCACGCCUUCAACCACAACCCUCACCAUCACCCUGACCGCAGCCUCAUCCUCCACUACCGACGGCACGGCGCUCUGGCCCUUGACCAACGCGACGGACCCGUAUCCAGGACCCACCGUGUAUCCAACCGACGGCACAACGCUGGUAUCGCAGAACCCGCCGCCCGUGGUGAAUGCUACGGAUGGCAUUGUUCUGCCGCCGACGCCCACGCCGCCGGUGCCCACGCCGCCGAGUUCUGGGAGGCCCGACGACCCCCUGUUUGACGGCGCGGCGGGGAAGAUGGGCGCAAGCAAAGUCGGAGUCUUUGCCGCUGUUGUUGUUGGGUUGUUGGGAUUCGCAUGGGGGCUGUAA